AUGAAGUCCACCACCGCCAUCGUGGCCCUCGCUGCGGCAGUCAACGCCUCCCCUCUCAACAAAAGACAGGACAACAAGGUCCCUGAUGUCUGGGAAUACAAAGACACCCUCUGCAAAGGCUGGGUCCUCAACACGCCAGAGGAAGCCGACACGCUCUGGACGAUGAAAACCAAAGCCGGUGAUCACCUCGAUACCUUCCUCCGUGGACAAUGGGAACACCAAAAUAACUGGCUCAUCAACCUCGAGGAUCGCGUCUUUGGCGGUACAGAUGGAAAGUCUGGCGCCGCGGGCUGCAGUGUUCUCGAUAAUGAUUGCAGCCCCAUGAAUAAUAUGGAGUGCACGGAGCAGUUUGAGAAGUAUGGUACCGAGGACCCCCUUAGCAAGACGUCGUACUGGAUCUUCCAAGCUGCUAAGGGCAUGCACUCCAAGUUCAAAGCGCUCAAGACCAAGAUCACAGAAAAGACUAUCAUCAGCGGACUCAGAAUCGGUCAGAUGGUGACUGACUUUGGGGGUAAUGAGGACGAUACUGGUGAUAUGGUCAAGUGGUUGGCUUCCGCGAGUGCAAUCGGUGGUGCUCUCAGUGGACUCUCUGCAAACCCUGGCUUCGGAGUAGGUCUUUAUCUCUUUGGCGGUAUCUUCUCCGCUUUUGGUAACCUCAAGCAAGAGGAGAUCGAUCAGGGUAGCAUCUCAGCUGGCCUAGCCGAUCUAUUCGAAGCAGCUGUCGACCGACUCGAUGAAACCAUGCGCAUUGUCAUGGGCGGUGGGACAGAAGACCAGUACAAUGCGCUCAAGGCGUCUAACCCGGAUCCCUACAAGCUUCCCGUGUCAAACUUCUUCAACGGUGGCUUUUUUCUUCUGAACGAUAACUCUGAGGCUGUUCAGCUUGCACUCACGUCCGUCUAUGGGAACAUCCAGCCCAAGGUCGCCAAUAACGUCAUGAAGGCUGCGCAGUUCUACCUCGUCGCCGAUAGGCGCGUAAGAAGCCGCGAGGACUGCGGUUAUGCAACAGGUCGGCAGUGGAUGGCUCUUCGAGAAGGGGAAGAGCACUGCUUCUACAUCAUGCGAUAUGACCCCAAGCCUAACCGCGUUGGGGACUGGGCUGAGGUUUCGGGUGAGGUUUACGACAAGAUGGCGAGUUAUGGGCUUGGGAACAGAGAGGUUUACUACCGUGCUAUUCUGGACUGUGCGCUUAGUCCCAAUGAUGACGUUGACUUGGGGAGCUUGGUUGGUGGCGAGAUUCCGACUUGCUAUUUUAAUCUUCCCGCUGUUUACGUUGAUCAGGAUCAAGAGAUUGGAUGUGGUGAUCCGUUCACUACGCAGCAGUGUGAUUAA